AUGGCAUCCUGGGCAUGUUAUGAAGCCAGCGGCAGGCAAGGAGAUGUCCCUGCAGUACAGCACUACAUUUACCACUGCUUCUGUGACCACCUAGCUCUGGUCCAGUCCUCUUGUUCUGACACCACUCCCCGGACGCUCAUGGGCUUCUGCACCGCCAUGGUGGUGUCCUUCCUCCCCCUCCUCCUGGUGCUCCUCUCCUAUAUGGGAAUCCUGGCCUCAGUGCUUCGGAUCAACUCCAAGGAAGGGCGUUCCAAAGCCUUCUCCACCUGCAGUUCCCACCUCCUGGUGGUGGGCACCUACUAUUCGUCCAUUGCUGUAGCCUAUGUGGCCUACAGGGCUGACCUGUCCCUGGACUUGCACAUUGUGGGCAAUGUGGUGUUUGCUAUUCUCACCCCUGUUCUCAACCCUCUCAUCUACACUCUGAGGAACAAAGAUGUCAAGGCAGCCAUCACUAAAAUCAUGUAUAUCAAGACUCAGGCUGUGACAGGGAUAUUAACCUUUAAAUCAAGUUAG